AUGCCCGAGGCUAUCCUUGAAAUUGUGCUUAGAAAGUUGGCCUCUCUUGCUGGAAGAAAUCUGGGACUAUUGCUGGGUUUCCAUGGAGACAAGGAAAAGCUUGAUAGCAUGUUCACUGCUGUCAAAGCUGUGCUUCAUGAAGUUGAGGAGAAACAAUUUUCAGAUGAAGGUAUAAAUUGGCUGAGAAAGCUAAAAGAUGCAGCUUACGAGUUGGAAGACAUCUUGGACGAGAUGGCUCCAUCAAUUAGAAGAAGUGGAGUCAUGGAGUUGCGUCAAACGAGAUCAUUCUUCGCUGAUCCACGAGUCUAUGGAAGAGAUGAUGAUACAAGAAAAAUUGUGAACAUUUUAACUGGCGAUGCUGAUGCUUCUCAGUUGGAAAAUUUGUCAGUCUAUGCAAUUGGGGAUCUAGGUGGAGUUGGUAAAACAACAGUUGCCCAAUUCAUCUUCAAUCAUGUGAGGGUGGUCGACCACUUUGAGCUAAGAAUUUGGGUAUGUGUUUCUGAAGAUUUCACUUUGAAGAGAAUGACAAAAACCAUCAUCGAAGCGGCAUCCGGACAUGCUUGUGAGGAUUUGGAUCUAGAGCCACUGCAAAUAAGACUUCCAAGAGCUUCUUCAUGGUAA